UACUAAUCUUUUUCUGAAAGGGGGGGUGUGUCCUCUCUGGCAUCAGCAUUGGACAGCAGCUGAGUGCUCCGACCUUUGCAAUCAUCUUUAAAAGCUGCUGGGAAGCUUCUGCACACACACACACACACACACACACACGGACACGCACUGCUGAUACCGGGGCAAGAUGUUCUGCAGACGGGCUUUGCAGAGAGUGGGGCCGCUGGCACGGAGGGCUUUCAAACCGACAUCCAGAAAUGCAGCUCCAGUGCGACACAUGGCCUUUGGGGUUCCUGGUGGCUCCAGCAACGUGGCCUACUUUGUUUUGUGUGGAGGAGGCCUCACUGCUGCAGUCGUCUAUGCCUACAAGACAGUCAACGGUGAUAGCGAGCGCUACGAGGACAGGCUCGCCAACAUGGGCUCCACGGCAAAGGAGGCAGCACCAGAAGUGGCAGCUCCUGCAGCUGAACCCGCCCCGCUGGAAGAGGCGGCACCGGCCGCAGAAGUUGCCGAAGAGGUGGUCGUCGAAGAGGCAGUCGCCGAGGCUGUCCCUGCUCCUGCAGAACCAGUAGCGGAGACCGCCGCCGAACCUGCCUUUGAGGCCGCGUCUGAAGAAGCAGCCGUCGUGGCCUCGGAGGCGGUGGUUGCUGAGGCUGUAGCUGAACCAGCUGUCCCAGAAGAAGCUGCUCCGCCUGUAGAAGCAGUUCCUGAAGCUGUGGAAGUGGCUGCCACAGAGGAGGCCCCGGCAGCAGUUCCUGAAGCUGUGGAAGUGGCUGCCACAGAGGAGGCCCCGGCAGCAGUUCCUGAAGCUGUGGAAGUGGCUGCCACAGAGGAGGCCCCAGCAGAGGCCCCAGCAGAGGCCCCUGCAGUAGAAGCCCCUGCAGCAGAGAGCGCUGAGUCUAUGCCCGAUCUGCUCACAGCUGUGAAGAUCUUGGCCGGCUCCACAGUGGAGAUUGCAGCAGUGUCUGUUGGUGACAAGAGUCUGGUGAAAGCUGUCCGGGAAAUGGAGGACAGUGGAAGUUUGGACUCCACACCAGAGGUGGUGGGGCCAGAAGUCCUGGAAGCAAUCGCAGAGGUGGUAGCUGAAGAAGCGGCCGAAGAGGCGGCAGUUGUAGUGGCUGAGGAGGAGCUGAAGUCUGCAGAAGCUGGUGUUGAUGCAGAAGAUGCAGAAGCUCCAGCUGCGGAACAGCUGGUUAAAGAAGACACAUCUGCUCCUGUAGCAGCAGAGGAGACAGAGGCGGUGGCUGCAUCUCAGUCUGAAGAACCUACAACUUCAGCCCCGACAACGGAGGAGCUGUGUGAGGAUGAGUGUGAAGAUCAGGCUGUCCCCUCCACAGGUGCCUCGCCUGAAGAUGCUGCUCCCGCUGAGGAAGCCACACCAGAGAAGGAGGCCACCACCACCGCUGCUGCUGAUCCAGCAGAUGAGACAUCAGCAGGUGAGAGGUUCCCUGCGGCUGAGACAUCCGUUGAGGCAGCAGCUGAAACGUCCGCAGACGAAACACGUGGUGAAGCUCCAGUUGUUGUGGACACGACUCAGCUGGCUGCAGCCUCCUCCGGGUCGGACCUGGAGGUCCUUUCAGCUGCUGACGCAGAGUCUACGUCAGAGGUUGCAGCACAUGAGGCCAAGCUUUGCCACGCCUGCCGCUCUGCUCCAUCAGCAGCGGAGGUGGGGGUGCCACCUGCUGCUAUGGCCAUGGAGGAAGCUGUGGAUGGAACACAAGAAGUCCAGGAGGAAGUGUCACUGGAGGAUGGACAAAACCCCAGGGUGUCUAUCUGGAGUGUAAAAAGCUGCUCAGUGAUGUAAUAGUACAGUUAAGAAGCCCCAGAGACUAUGGUGGUGGUGACAAGCCAGUUAUGACAUGACAGACGGUGGGCCUUCCACAACACUCUCUCAUCUGUCAACCGAGCCAGGACGGCUGAUGUAAACAACACGAGGACAACUCACCACUGGUUUUACUAGCCAUGUGUCCUUUUUAAAUGUUCCCAGUUAGCUAAAUUAUCCUUUUUGAAAUGUUACCAGUUUUUCAUUGUUUCCCAUCUGUUUUUGAUCAAUCUUUCUUAGCCUUUGUGAAAUGAUUGCCAUUCUGUCACUUGUCCUCUAGGUGCCCCUGUUGCAAAGCUUUUCAUGUCCAGUUGAAUGGGACACAACGUUAGAUUGUAGUCAUUUCUCUUGAAGUAGGGAGUAGAAGGAGUUUGUUGUUCAUGUAAUGUUGUGAUAAACUGAUUUUCAUAUAUUUGCUUUUUAAAAGGUGAUAUCAAUAGUAUAUCCAUAAUUUAAUGCAUAUAUAGUAUCCAUUUUAUAGUGUUGUUUUUAAUGUUUUACCUUCUACAACAAGAUAAAUCAUAUUCAAGUUCCAGCUAGUAUAAAUUCAUUUUGAACCCUCACUUAGUCGAUUAUAUUCAACAGUAACAUUAUCUAUGAGUUGUAUAAAUAGUUGUCGGUGGACUGCACGAACGAUCAUAUAUUUACUAUAUAUCAAAACAACUUAUUAAAAAAUUAGUAUAUCAACAUUUAUUUAGCUAAUAACGAUGUCCCUGUUGUCAUGAUAAUGUGCGUACAUAGACACUUUCAAUAAAGUGAAGUAUUGACAA